AUGAACUCUUCAUACCGACCAACUUACACCAAGUCUCGCCACGGAUGUUCAAAGUGUAAAGAAAAGAGGGUAAAAUGCGAUCAAAGAAGGCCGGGGUGCAAACGAUGCGAGGAUGCAGGCUCCUCAUGCCCUGGGUAUACCUUGAGCUUGCGGUGGUCUGCUAAGAACCAACUUCAACAGAAAUCCGUCAGCUCUGGCCAGAAGCCUCGGGCGACAAGAGGCAAUCAAUCAAGCUCAAGUUCAACUAGCCAUAUGAAUGAGGGAGCAACCAUUGAUAUCACGGUAUCAACAUUGGAUCCCUUGCUAUUAUUCCCUCAUUUUGGAGAUACCAACCCGAUACCAUUCCCAGCACUGAAUGCUUCUGACAUUCUCGGGUUAGGGGAGGACCCUUCUGCUUCACAGUGGCCAUUUCCAAAUUUAGAUGCCUCGGAGGCCAUCGCUAUACCAGACGAUACGGCCUUUACAAAUGGCUCACCGAGUUUGUAUAAGACUGGGCGGUGGAACGAUCCGGGAACGGAGACGGAUCAUUCCAUCGAUAUGAGCUGGUUGCACGAUGAAAGUCAAGAAUCUCGUCCUGAGCUGAAUACAACACUUCCAAUUGCAGGCUCUCACAACACUGGAGACCCUGAUCACCACUCAUCACUAGCAAUACCGCAACAGCUGAGCAACCUUCCAACAGCUCUUUCUGACUUCUUUAUACGAGAAGUCAUACCACUUUACUGCGCAUGGGAUAGUCAAUCGAACCUGAUGCGAGUAGUAGCAGAGAGCUCAUGGCAGUCCUCAAAGGUUCUAUAUCACACGAUGCAAAGCAUGUCAGCCGCUUGUCUAACAAGUGUCUUUCCCGAACUAUCCACCACUGCGAUUCAAGAACGCUUGAUCGCCCUUCAAUGCUUGGACGAGGAGGACCUAAAUAUUGCAGAGUAUGUUGAGGCGAGAUUACUGGCAACGGUUCUCCUAUGCCACACUGCAAGCUGGCAUGAUCCCGGUAAUCUGGCCAAAGAGAGAUAUCAUUUGACUCAAAGACGAGUUCUGAAGUGGAGUUCGACUUGCGGAACACAGUCUAAGCCCAUGGUCAAGUUCUUCCAGACUGCGGUCGACUACUGGGGGAUGCUUCUGUCGUUCUUUACUGAUGUUUCGGGCAACUCUGAUUGUGAUACUCUGAUGGGGCCCUCAGAACCAUGCAACCAACCUGUGCUGCACCCUUUUGUCGGAAUGGCGGGAGAGACAGUCAAGACACUCACUGACGUUGGAAAUCUCGUAUCCCAAUACCGUUCUCGAGCCUCGUCUAUCAGAUUCAUCACGGAAGACGACAUGAACUUCUUCAAGAGUAAGAUACGAGAGGCGCGAUGUCUAGAAAAAAGAUUGCUGGCGUACACGCCUGCCGACACGUCCAAGAUCCAGGAUACAGGCGAUCCAAGAACAACGCUAGCUCACCUGGCCAAGAUUGACGAAGCAUACCGAUGUGUUGGUCUACUCCAAAUCUACCGUGUGUUUUCUGACCUUCUGACUGAACGAUACAACCCCUGGGAUGCAAAUCACAUUUAUUCAGCGAGACCGCCGUCCAAGGUCCCAAGCAAAGCUGAGAAGGACUACUGGUUGACGAGUCUAGCGCUGUACACCCUUGAACUUCUUCGAGAUAUACCAUUCGAAUCGAGAAGUCGGUGCAUCCAGCCUUUGAUUCUGGUUGCUAUCUCGAGCGAACUUCGUCGCAUGCCGCAGGAUGUCACAUCGCUAGGCGCAGCGGAUGAAGAGUCACGGUUCAUGGGACAGAGCAUUAUUGAACUUGCUCAAGCGCGGAACUUUGUGAAGAGUCGAUUGUCGGCGUAUGCUGAUGUCCUGCCCUUGAGGAAGGUGAGCAACAUACUUGAGCUGGUGACGAGUAUUUGGAGUGCUCUGGAUGAGGGGGAGUCUGAUGUCUACUGGUUGGAUAUUUGCACUCGGAAGCAGCUCAACACACUCAUUGGGUAG